AUGUUACAACCGAAACGCGAACAUCGCUAUCGCCAGAGUUUGGCUCAGUUCACCCUGAAAGCGACACUGUAUGGAUCCUGGGUACUCGGAUUGUUUCCAUUCACCUUUGACUCUAAGAAAAGGCAGUUAACACGUUCAAAGUGGCUGUUGGUAUAUGGCCUGAUUCUGAACCUAACUUUGAUGGUUUUGUCUGUACUACCAGAUACAGAUGAUCACAAUUCCAUAAAGGUAGAGGUAUUCGAGCGUAAUCCAUUGGUCAAGCAAAUCGAAACACUUGUGGAAAUUAUCAGCAUGAUAGCCACACUUGUGACCCAUCUACGAACCUUCUGGAAAAGUAGGGAACUAGUUGUGAUUCUCAAUGAACUACUGAUGCUGGAGAAUCGUCACUUCAAGAAGCUUAUCCUAGGAGACUGUCAUCUGUUCGACAGAUAUGUCAUAGAAAAAGGACUUGUGAUAAUCUGUGAGCUAGCUUCUUCUUUUCUGAUUUAUUUUGGAAUACCCGAUGGCAGGGUUGUUUAUUAUGAGGCUUUCUGCAUUUACAUUGUCCAGCUGGAAGUUCUAUUGGUGGUGAUGCACUUUCACCUGGCUGUUAUCUUCAUCUAUCGAUUUUUGUGGAUAAUCAAUGGACAGCUAUUAAGUAUGGCUAGUGCUCUGAGAAGAGGUGAAAGGGUGGAUCCUAAGCGAAUCCAACGACUACUUUGGCUUUAUGGUCGUCUUUUGGACCUUAACACUCGCCUCGCCGAUAUCUACGACAUUCAGGUUAUACUUUUCUUGGCCACUUUGUUGUCGGCCAACAUCAUUGUGGGCCAUGUGCUGGUCAUCUGUUGGAUCAACAUCAAUAGGUUCUCGUUGAUUGUUAUGAUCCUGCUGUUUCCACAAGCAUUGGUCAUCAACUUUUGGGAUAUUUGGCUGGGCAUUGCAACCUGCGAUUUGGCUGAAACUACCAGCAGAAAGACAUCCACCAUCUUGAAGUUAUUCAAUGAUGUAGAGGGUAUGGACAAGGAGUUGGAACAAAGAUUAACUGAAUUUACUUUAUUCUGCAGCCAUCACAGGCUGACGACUUGCCACCUUGGAUUAUUUGAUAUAAACUAUGAGAUGGGUUUCCACAUGAUCAUAACCAACAUUUUAUAUGUGCUCUUCUUGGUGCAAUUUGACUAUAUGAAUUUAAAGUUCAAAACAGAUGAUUAA